AUGUUCCGAGCCGAUACAACUUGUACGCAACCGCAUACGAGAAAUGCACUGCACAGAUGGCAAACAUUGCCGUUGGAAGUUUGUUGCAUUCAGAUGGAGAUAGCUGAGCCCAUAUUCGAAUACGUACCGUUCCGUGUGGUUGUUAGAGUUGUGGAAAAACAAAAUACUCCGUUACAUCUGCACAUGUGGGAAGCGGUAACAAAAACGGACAAAUGGAUUCAACAACUGGAUCCUUUGACCGUGGAGGACGACCGGAAGAAGAGCAGAUCAGGUGCAUAUUUGGCGGUUAAACAUGGAACGACACAUUUCACAGUAGAGGCUACUGCCAAAUCGUGGCCAACCGUUGUUCGACUGACACAAUCUCUGACGAUACAUCCUAUUCCAUUCAAGUUGCAAGCAAUUUCAUUGACUGUGAAUGGGCUGCCAGUCUCGAUUGAACACAGCACACUUAGUCUUGGAUCACUGGUUAAUUUUCUGAUUGAGAUUCGUGAUCAAAACGAUCAAGUGGUUCGUGUCGAUGAGAAACACACACAAUGGUGGUCUAUCGAGAGCACUUUUUCCUCGCCAGGUUCCGAAACCUCGGUGCAAACCGAAGAAAUCAGAGGUGGAUUGCUUAAUCGUUCGAUUUCCGUGAAAAUGAAAUCAUCCAAAGAAGUCUUGAUUGUAUAUCACCGUGCUCGACUGCACACCAAAGAGAACAAUGCUGUUCGAGAUUUGAGAAUUCUGCGACAGGCAUUUCGAGUGUCCAAUACACCGGGUAUUUUGCCAGAGGAGAAGCGGAUUCGGCGGAUGAGUUUUUCAAUUCCUACGACCGGGGGUGUACUAGUAGGAGCUGAGGAAAAGCUCCGGUCUGCGGUGCAAAAUACGAUGAUCAGUAAUUUUCCUUUCGUGAAAAUUUGUGGAUUGGAAGUUGAUACAGGUAAGUGA